CUCCCGACUACAGGUGGAUCCUGAGCAUAGGUGACGAGGCCGUGCGGCUGGAAGCCCUCAACGAGCACCUCAGCACGCGCAGCUACGUUCAGGGGCACGCGCUGUCCCAGGCGGACGUGGAUGCGUUCAGGCAGUUCUCGGCGCCUCCCACCGACCUGCGGCUCUUCCAUGUGGUGCGCUGGUUCAGGCACGUUGAGGCGGUCCUCAGCGGCCCCCACAGCCCAGGCCAGCCCUGCGGGCUCCAAGCAAGUAAAGGCCGGCGCGGGCAGCCCCAGUGGUCACCGCCGACGGGCACGGAGUCCGGCAAGCUGCGCCUCUACAACAGCCUCACCCGGAACAAGGACGUGUUUAUACCUCAAAACGGGAAAAAGGUGACGUGGUACUGCUGUGGGCCAACUGUGUACGACGCUUCUCACAUGGGCCACGCCAGGUCCUAUAUCUCUUUUGAUAUCCUGAGAAGAGUGUUGAAGGAUUACUUCAAAUAUGACGUCUUUUAUUGCAUGAACAUCACGGACAUCGAUGAUAAGAUCAUCAGGCGGGCGCGGCAGAACCACCUAUUCGAGAGGUACCGGGAGAAGCAGCCCCAGGCAGCCCAGCUCCUCGAGGACAUACGUGCUGCCCUGCAGCCGUUCUCAGCGAAAGUGAAGGAGACAACGGAUCCCAAUAAAAGGCAGAUGCUCGAGAGGACCCAGCGCACCGUGGAGCUGGCCGCCGAGCCGCUUGAGAAGGCCGUGCAGGCCAAGCUCCCCGCAGAAGAGAUCAGCAGCUGUGCUGAGGUGUUGCUGGAGGCGGCCAAGGACCUGCUCUCUGACUGGCUGGACUCCAGGUUUGGCAGCGAGGUGACAGACAACUCCAUCUUUUCCAAACUGCCCAAGUUCUGGGAGGAGGAGUUCCACAAAGACAUGGCAGCUCUGAACGUCCUCCCACCAGAUGUCUUAACGCGGGUCAGUGAAUAUGUGCCCGAAGUCGUGAACUUUGUGCAAAGGAUCGUGGACAACGGUUAUGGCUAUGCCUCAAACGGGUCUGUCUACUUCGACACGGUAAAGUUUGCCUCGAGUGAGAAGCACUCCUACGCCAAGCUGGUGCCCGAAGCCGUGGGAGAUCAGAAAGCCCUCCAGGAAGGGGAAGGUGACCUGAGCGUCUCGGCUGAGCACCUGAGUGAAAAGCGAUCACCCAGCGACUUCGCCCUGUGGAAGGCCUCCAAGCCCGGAGAACCGUCUUGGCCGUGCCCCUGGGGAAAGGGCCGCCCAGGCUGGCACAUUGAAUGCUCUGCCAUGGCGGGCACCCUGCUGGGGGCCUCGAUGGAUAUCCAUGGCGGCGGCUUCGACCUCCGAUUCCCGCACCACGACAAUGAGCUGGCGCAGUCCGAGGCCUACUUUGAAAACGACUGCUGGGUCAGGUACUUCCUGCACACGGGCCACUUAACCAUCGCGGGUUGCAAGAUGUCCAAGUCCCUGAAGAACUUCAUCACCAUCCAGGACGCCUUGAAGAAGCACUCCGCGCGACAGCUGCGGCUGACCUUCCUCAUGCACUCCUGGAAGGACACGCUCGACUACUCCAGCAACACCAUGGAGUCGGCCCUGCAGUACGAGAAGUUCAUGAACGAGUUUUUCUUAAACGUGAAGGGCCUCCUCCGCGCUCCCGUGGACGUGACGGGGCAGUUUGAAAAGUGGGAGGAGGAAGAAGCCGAGCUGAAUAAAAACUUCUAUGACAGGAAAGCAGCUGUGCACGAGGCGCUCUGUGACAACGUGGACACCCGUGCUGUCCUGGAGGAGAUGCGGGCCCUGGUCAGCCAGUGCAACCUCUACAUGGCGGCCAGGAAGGCAGCCCGCAGGCGGCCCAACCGCGCCCUGCUGGAGAGCGUCGCCCGCUACCUCACACACCUGCUCAAGAUCUUUGGGGCCAUCGAAGAGGACAGCACUCUGGGCUUCCCUGUCGGAGGACAUGGGGCUGGCCUAGAUGUCGAGGCCACGGUCAUGCCGUACCUGCAGGCUUUGUCGGAAUUCCGAGAAGGAGUGCGGAGAAUCGCCAGAGAGAAAAAAGUUCCUGAGGUCCUGCAGCUCAGUGACACCCUGCGGGACGACGUCCUGCCCGAGCUCGGGGUCCGGCUGGAAGACCAUGAAGGCCUCCCCACUGUGGUCAAGUUGGUGGACAGAGCGACGUUGUUAACCGAGAGAGAAGAGAAGAGGAGGGGCGAAGAGGAGAGGAGGAGGAAGAAGGAGGAGGCCGCCCGGAAAAAGCGGGAACACGAGGCGGCAAAGCUAGCAAAGAUGAGGAUCCCACCCAGCAAGAUGUUCCUAUCAGAGAGCGACAAAUACUCCAAGUUUGAUGACACUGGCCUGCCCACGCAUGACGCCGAGGGCAAGGAGCUGAGCAAAGGCCAGGCCAAGAAGCUGAAGAAGCUCUUUGAGGCUCAGGAGAAGCUCCACCAGGAGUACCUGCAGACGGUGCAGAACGGAAGCGUGCAGUGAGCGGGUGGGGGACUCGCGUGCCACGCCUCGGUGGUGACAGGCCUGUGCGUCACCAUGUUUACGCUCGUCCUCGAGCCCUAAGUUAAGGACCUGCCCCAGUGGACCCAUAUCCCCCUGGCUU